AUGGGUUCAGUUGGUGACGUAGACGCGUCAGGCUACGCCUCAGGAUCUGUCGAGAAUGGAGAACCAACAACAGCGAAGUACCACUGGUAUCGAGGAGUAUUCUUCCAGGCCACAAUAGUAGGAAUCGCGGCAUUCACGGCUCCGGGGUUAUGGAACGCGAUGAACUCUGUCGGGGCCGGCGGCCAACAGUCGCCAUAUCUCGUGAUGGCUGGCAAUGCUGUCUUGUUCUCUUUGAUGACGAUCACUUGUCUUACUGGAAGUAUUGUCGCCAACCGCUUCGGACUGAAGGCUACUUUUGCUUUCGGGACCACUGGCUAUGUCAUUUAUUCCGCUGCACUUUACACCAACAACCGUUACGGCACAGAGUGGUUCAUCUACGUUGGAUCAGCAGCAUGUGGUAUAACCGCCGGCCUGUUCUGGGCUGCUGAAGGCGCCAUUAUGCUGAGUUACCCGGAGCCGGAGAACAGGGGAAAGUAUCUGGCAUAUUGGCUAUGUUAUCGGAACAGCGGUAGUAUUCUGGGAGGUAUCAUCAACCUCGCCUUUAACUACCAAGGACAGCGUACUGGAAAGCUCGACUGGAGAACGUACAUCGUCUUCGUUGUCCUACAGUGUCUCGGGCCCCUUGUCGCCCUGCUCCUCUCCCCACCCGAUAAGGUCGUCCGACGGAACGGCACCCGGGUCCAGAUCAUUGAGCGGAUAUCUGACUCGGCUGAACUCAAAGAGCUGGGACGUCUCAUGCUGCGGAGGGAGUUCCUCCUAGUCGCACCAUUCUUCAUCUACGUCAACUGGCUCCUCCCGUACAGCAGCUCCUACCUCUCGCUGUACUUCUCCAUCCGCGCGCGCGCGCUGGCGUCUCUGGUCUCCGCCCUCGCGCAAAUCGCCGCGACCGCCGCCCUGGGCACCUUUCUCGACUGGAAGCGUCUCUCGCUGACCGCGCGCGCACGGGUUUCGUAUGCGUUUCUGAUGGCGCUUAUCGGCGGUUGCUGGGUCUGGGGCGCCGUCGUCCAGGCCGAGUACGCCGGGCACAGGCCGUCUCUCGACUGGGAUGAUGCGGGGUUCGGCCGCGGGUGGGCGCUGUACAUCAUGUGGCAGGUCAACUUCGCGCUGACUUACAACUUUGGGUAUUGGCUCGUCGGCUGGAUGUCCCGUCAUCCUAGUGACAUCGUGAGAUACACGAGCGCUGCUAGGGCACUUGAGAGUGCUGGGCAGUGUGUUAGUUCCGGCAUCAGCUCGACGAGUGCGCCGCUGACUGCGGCUCUUGGUGUUAACUUUGCGCUAUGGGGUGUUGCUCUUGUGCCAGCUUAUCUUGUGGUUCGACAAGUUGGUAUCCAUCAUGUCGGGGCACAUGCGGCGGAACAACCAAUUUCUACGUCUGAUCACGACGGAAAACAAGAGGGCUCGAAAGCAGACAAUUCGUCGUAA